AUGCAGUGCCUGAUGCACACUUCGGACCUGUCCUCGCCGGCGAAAAAUGCCGUGGGGCAGAACACGCUUCCACUAGUCGAGCGCCACGUCAACAGUCAUGCCGAAAGUUGUCGAGUAUUGCCCCAGAAACCGUCAUGUACAACAGCGCAGGGCUUGGCUUUGUCAUCUUCCGCCUCUUCGUCUUCUUCUUUGAACGCCACCGAACAGUCGGUGGGGUCUUUUUCGCUGCGUCAAUGUUUGGAUCUUCUGGUGCGGGUGCAAAAGACGCAGGCAGAGAGUGUAACCCUGCUUACGACACUACGCGAGCGCCUUUUUCCUACGCUCAAACACGGAGAUGAGGCAUGUCAUCCGCCUGCUGUUCCCUUUGACGAUGUGGACCGCGAAGUCGUGCGGCUACGUAUUUUUGAGGUGAAGCACUCCGGUCUCAACCCAAGGUUGUCUGAGUCCAUUGAGAGUAUCUUGCUACCGUUUCAGUCUUGCUUUCGACAGGGGCUGGAAGGGACUGCUGCGGGUGGCGGAGGCGGCGUUGGGAGUUCUGGAGUGUUGUUGGAGUCCUGCGGCCGGGUCGCCUCGUUGCGGGAGCAGUUCAUGGGCCUCGCCCAACUGCAGGAGGAGGCGAUAAACGCACUGGGGACGCAGUUGGCACAGCUGUUUGCACUGCCGUCUGCGAAGAAUAACACCGUUUACCACUACCCCGUGUCAACGAUGGCGGAGGAUGGGGCGGAACCGUGUGGAUCUCGCGAGCCGCGUCCACAUGAUGCGGCAUUGCGGUUUCUGGAGCAGCUUGAGGAUGUGAUGACUAGUAAGCAGCACAUUGUUGUCUUUCUGGCGAUGGCUCUGCGAAAGAUUUACGACCCCCUGACCCCAACCGCUGCGUCAUCAUUUGAAGCCCUCCCUGCUUCGACGGACGGGGGUUUCGACGUGCUUCAAAGGGACGAUGCUGCGGGGGGGCGUGUGUCAGUCUCGCUUUCACCGCCAAGCACUCUUCGUCCCUCAUGCUCGGCUCCCCGAGAGGCGUCACUGCAGUCUCCAACAGCUGAAGGCUGCGGGCGAUCCCUGGAGCGACUACUUCACACCUAUCACAUGCAGGAAUGCCGCCGCAGCAACAGUCACGAGUCCCCAGAUGUUGAACUCUCACCAUCGCCCAAGUCGUGUGGGUGGGAGAUGGUUCCCAAUAAAUCUGCGUGUGGGGAGCCGCCGCAAGAAGAGCGGCAGUCAUAUAUUUUGCUGCAGCCGGCGUGCGAUGGUGACGUUUCGCCUCAGAGUGCCAAUCCUCGUUCACCCUCGCUCUGCACAGCGGGGAUGGGAGAGGUGUGUGCCUCACCGCCACCGCCGCUGGCAAGAUGCCUUGAAGAGCAGACGAAAGCGCGGCUGCAGCUCUUCCUGAACGCACAUCGUUCGUUGCGACAUACGCAUGACACGGGUGGAGGGGAAUUCGUCAAUGACGACGCGUCACAGUCGCCGCCAGCACUGCAGCUUUCUCAGUUUGUGGACAGCGAGGCUGCCAUGAAUGAAAAUAGGGCGCCAAGUAAGGAGCGCGGGCCAAUGGAGUUUACAUCCAACAUCGCUGCGGAGAACGCACGACUAUUGCGAUUGCUGGAAGCAAAGGACAGUUUGAUUAUGGGCAUGCAGGAGCGUUUGCUAGGCUCGGUGCCUUUGUUAGUUGAGCGCUUAGCGAGCGGCGUUUGUAGCAGUAUCAACGGUUCGUGUCGUAGCCGAUGCUCUUCCACACAUGGGGAUUCCGCGGACGAGAGACCAUCAUCACCACUCCAGCCGACGCAUACCGCCUCUACCUCCACGUGUGACGAAGAAAUUGAGGGUCGUGUUGAGAAGACACCAAAUGCCGGGCGAUGUGAUGACGUCAAUGAGAUACAGUUGCUUAAAGAUAGGCUGGCUGCUCGCAUGGAAGAUAACCAUCAUCUGCGUGCCGCUUUAACUGAUAUGAAGGAGGAGAGGCAACGCUGGAAGCGGGCGGCGAGAGAGCUGAAGGAGGAGAAUCAGGUAUGGAGGGAGAGGGAACGGGCAGCAAGGACGCGAUGCGAGCAGCUUGAAGAAAAUAUUCUCUUUUUAAAGAAGCGACUCUUGACGUCUGAGGGGGCGUUAGUGCUGAGCAACACGGCCGCCGCAUCCGUGACGCAUAGUGAGGUGCCAUUGUUGAGUACUUCCUCGAGCCAUCAUCACGGCGCUGAGCUCAACUUGAACAGCGAUAACAGGGAUACGCGUGGCCGCCUGCCUCGCAACGAGGCAGGCGGUUUAGCGUCACCGGCACGGAGUCGCAGUCGAACGCUGCCUCCACCUUUGCACGAGGUGGCCGUGCCGCACACGUCUGUGUCCCUGCAGGAGAAGCGAAAUGAGGUGCUUGCGAAGCUCGGGCGACACGCCGAGGAGGGUACACUGCCGCAGGCAGGGCCGUCUUUUCCGGAGUGUGAAGAGCCGAUGGUGGUGGUUUCACCGCUGACGGAUGAGCGCGUUCCACCGGGGGGUGGUGGUGAUGGCGGCGCCGCACCAACGACGUCUCCGGCCCCCGCGACUUCCUUUUCGUCAUCACCAGGUGCAGUUCGAAUUGACAGGCGUUUGUCACCGGAGUAUCAAUCACCGCAGGCGGAGCACGUUGGCGGCGGCGGUGGUGAGGGGCCUGUGAGAGCGCGGCUCUCAACGGCGGACGUUAACCGCAUUCUUGCGAGUGCGCGUGGCCUCUUGAAGUCGGUUGCUUUGACACGCAACGACCACCGCGGUGAAAUGUUUCCGGUGCCAGCCUCUGCCUCUUCCGGCUCCACAUGGUCGGAUUGCGACUCCGCCAGCUCCGGCGAUGAUCACGACGAACGUCACGGGAGUGGUGCGGCUGCGCGUUGCACUAUCGCAUCAGCGGAGAAGCAGCUGCCACCAACGCAGCGGCGCUCCAUUUCUCCAUGCUCUUCCCUCAGCUACUCCUCGGCGAGGAAACGAGCGCAGCAGCCUCUGCGUCACUGGAAGCAGCGUGAGACGAAUACUGUGAAUGUGGUUGAACCCAGGACACCCGCGUCAUCAUUGCCAUCGCCAUCACCGCCGCUGCGACAGUCGCGGCAUAAAGGCGCAAAGGCAACCACAACGCAGUCGCCAGAGGAAAAACGCUCUACCAGGCCACGUCCUCGGACUGCGCGUGAGGCGCUUAUGCAGGAGCUGCGAGAUCAGCUUCACCUGCUGCGGACGCAACACGCCGGCGUUCUUGCGCAGGCAGAGCAACUGCAACUAAAGCGGAGGCAGGUGGUUGCAGCCAUUCAGCACCAGAGCAAUGAAAUGAGUGGCAGUAGUCCCAAAAUGACAGGUAAGAAGCGCCUUGCACUGACAGCGCUGCUUAAACGGUUUGAUGCAACCCAGGAGAGGGUACAACAAAGUGAGGCACGUCUUCGUGAGUACGUGGAGAUUGUGAAGCGACAACUGAGGACGUUAGAAGAUGACCUCUUGUGA